AAAUCAAAAGGUACGCCCCCCAAAAGCCGGAAUCCGAGAAUACUCAGGGCUAAGGGGAAGGCAGAGGGUAGGUCCCAGGACCCCUCCCCCACAACCCAGAGGGCUGAGCCCCCAGCAGCAGCGGGAACCUCUGAGCGGGCAAAGGUGCUGGUUUGGAGGGUCUACCUUGUGAGCAGUGGGGCGCCGGGCUCAGAGCAUCCAGCUUGGAGAACGGGGAGGAAGCCAGGGAGAGACAGUGCAGUGGCUGGGUCCCUCCAUGGGACUCUAGCCUCACCUUUGCCUUGGGGCACAACCAGAUCAAUCCAGUUGAACCUAAUUCAGUCAGAACUCCUCAGAGUUUAGGGAGGCGGGCAAAGGCACUUGCUGGAGAGCACUGGAGAGAGCCUGGGCAGCCCAGCCUUCCAGGAGUCUUCAGAGCCUCAGAGCUUCAUACCACAUACAGUCCAACCCACUUGAACUCAAUCCAAUCAAAAGCCUCCAGAGCACAGGGAAGCUAACAUUCCUCCCCUAGAGACUGUACCAAGAGAUCUGACAAAGCUCCAAGAGGGGAGACUGACAGCCCCAAAACCAAAACAAAAUGAGAGGAGCAAGAGCACAGCCAAAUAUGGGGAGCAAAAAAGGGGUAAACUCGAGGAAACAACAGAAAAAGAAGAAAGAAAUUACAAUAGACAGCUUCUGCACAGGUAAUGAGCAAAGAGUGAAUGAAACAGAGGGGGAGGGAUCAGCAAAGGAAAAAUCAGAAAUCCCAGCGAAUUGGAUACAGGCUUUGGAAGAACUCAAAAUGCAAUUCAAAACACAAUUAAGAGAGGCUGAAGACAAUUGGGAAAAGAACUUAAAAACUAAGAUAAGUCAUCUAGAAACAGACAAUAGUGUCUUGAAAGCCAAAAUCAAUCAGCUUGAAAAUGAGGCAAAGGAGAUGAAAGAUGAGGCAAAGCAGAUGAAAGAUGAGGUGAAGAAGAUGAAAGAUGACCUCCAAAGAAAAUCCGACCAAAAGGAAAAGGACGACCAAAAAACUAAGGAUGAAAUCCAGUCUUUAAGAACCAGAAUACAACAAUUAGAAUCGAGUGACCUCAUAAGGCAUCAGGACUCUAAAACAAAACCAAAAGAAUGAAAAAAUUGAGGAAAAUAUGAAGCAUCUCAUUCACAAAACAGAAGAUUUAGAAAAUCGUUCAAGGAGAGACAAUUUAAGAAUUAUUGGCCUACCAGAAGACCAUGACAAAAGAAAAAGCCUGGACAUUAUAUUACAGGAAAUUAUUAAAGAAAACUGCCCCAAUAUCCUAGAACAAGAGGGAAAAGUGGAGAUUGAUAGAAUCCACAGAUCACCUCCUGUACUUAAUUCCCAACUGACAACACCCAGGAAUGUUAUAGCCAAAUUCAAGAACUAUCAGAUCCAAGAAAAGAUAUUACAAGCUGCCAAGAAGUCAUUUAGAUACCAAGGAACCACAGUGAGGAUAACUCAGGAUCUGGCUGCAUCCACAUUGAAAAAAAGAAAGGCAUGGAAUACGAUAUUCAGGAAAGCAAGGGAACUAGGUCUACAACCAAGAAUCAACUACCCAGCAAAACUGACUAUAUUCUUACAGGGGAAAAUAUGGUCCUUCAACAAAAUAGGAGAAUUCCAAGAAUUCGUAAAGAAAAGACCAGAUCUGAACAGAAAAUUUGAUGUCCAAGCACAGAACUCAAGAGAAUCAUCAAAAGAAACCUGCUAAUAUUUUAGUUAUGGGUGAAGGUCCUGAACGAGGAAGAGUAAAAAUUGCUGACAUGGGCUUUGCACGAUUAUUUAAUUCACCUCUGAAGCCUUUAGCAGAUUUGGAUCCAGUAGUUGUAACAUUCUGGUACCGAGCUCCAGAGCUUCUUCUUGGAGCAAGACAUUAUACCAAAGCUAUUGAUAUUUGGGCUAUAGGGUGUAUAUUUGCAGAGCUACUAACUUCAGAACCAAUAUUUCACUGUCGACAAGAGGACAUCAAAACUAGUAAUCCUUAUCACCAUGACCAGCUGGACAGAAUAUUCAAUGUAAUGGGAUUUCCUGCAGAUAAAGAUUGGGAAGAUAUAAAAAAGAUGCCUGAACAUUCAACAUUAAUGAAAGAUUUCCGAAGAAAUACAUAUACCAACUGCAGCCUUAUCAAAUAUAUGGAAAAACAUAAAGUUAAACCAGACAGUAAAGCAUUCCACUUGCUUCAGAAGUUGCUUACUAUGGACCCAAUAAAGCGAAUUACCUCAGAACAGGCUAUGCAGGAUCCUUAUUUCUUAGAAGAUCCACUUCCUACAUCAGAUGUUUUUGCAGGUUGCCAGAUUCCUUAUCCUAAACGUGAAUUUUUAACAGAAGAAGAGCCUGAUGACAAGGGAGACAAAAAGAACCAGCAGCAGCAGCAGGGCAAUAACCAUACUAAUGGAACUGGUCAUCCAGGGAAUCAAGACAGCAGUCAUGCACAGGGACCCCCAUUGAAAAAAGUGAGAGUUGUUCCUCCUACCACUACCUCAGGUGGACUGAUCAUGACCUCAGACUAUCAGCGUUCCAAUCCACAUGCUGCCUAUCCCAACCCUGGACCAAGCACAUCACAGCCACAGAGCAGCAUGGGAUAUUCAACUACCUCCCAGCAGCCUCCACAGUACUCACAUCAAACACACCGGUACUGAGCUGCAUCUGAAAAAUGUCAAUGCACUGUUGCUAAUGCUGCAGGACUGACCGUGCAGCUCUCUGCCUGGAACCUGGUAUGGGCCAUGCGAAUGUACUGUACAACCACACCUUCAAAAUGUCCAAUAGCCAAGUUCUACCACUUUUCACAGAUUGGAGUAGUGGCUCACAAAUGUUACCUGUUUUGGAGUUAGACUUGAAAAGAAAGUGCUAGCACAGUUUGUGUUGUGGAUAUGCUACUUCCAUAGUUUACUUGACAUGAUUCAGACUGACCAAUGCAUUUUUUCAGUGACAGUCUGUAGCAGUUGAAGCUGUGAAAUGUGCUAGGGGCAGGCAUUCCUUGUUGUACGUGGUGAAUUCUCUCAAUGUAACAUUAUCUGACCAAUAGUACGCAAAAAUCCUUUAACUGGUACUUGAAACAUACAGUAUAUGUUAACAACAAAAAAAAAAACAAACAAAAUAAUCAAGAUUCAGAUUGAUGAGAUUAUUUUGGUAUAUAUUUCUUUUUAGUCUUUUCAAUGGGUUGAUUCAUUUUCCACAUGAUCAGUGUUUUUGACCAACAAAAUUAGUACAUAUUUUUUCAAAAUACAUAAAGCCACGCAAUUUUUCCAGCAGAUUUCAGAACUCCCAAAGAUUAAUUUCCAACCUAUGAAUUUGUUUUUUGUUUUUUAAAUCGAUGACUUGACUGGUAUUAAAGCUGCUAUUCGAUAGUAAAUAAGUAUGUUGUCAUUGAUAUAAACCUGUUUGGGUUAGCAAACAAACUAAAAAGAUUGUCAUAGACAGUGUUUUAUUUUUUCUGUUGGUGUUGCUGAUUGUGAGCAUGCUUUGAGAUGAAAAAGCAUGAGGUGAUAACUGCCUUUAAAAAGGUGCGGCAUCCAUUCAGAUAUUUUGUCCUGAUUUUCAGAGCUGACUUGGUGUAGUGGAAUUAAAAUUUUAUUCACUUAAUUUUCUUUCUUCAAACUUGUUCGCACGAUACUUAGGGUGCCCUUACUUCAGCAAAGGAGAAAGGAGUAGGAGAGCCUUAGAAUUUAUGAGGAAAAAAAAACCUAUAACAUACAAUGUACUGUAUCAAACUAUUUUACAUGAAUGACGCAAGUAUUCUGAGGAAAAAAUUGAACAUUGUUUAAAAAAAAAACCAAGGUGUUAUGUAAUAAAUUUAUUUUUCAUAAAUCUGAA